GCGGGGCAGGCGGCGGGCGCUACCGGAGGAGGCUGCUCCGGUUGCAGCGGCGGCGGCGGCGGCAGGCGCGGGCCUCGGCCCGCCUGCCGAGGCGGCGGCGGCCCCCCUGGGGCUCCCUCUGGUCGCGCUGGGGGCGGCGGGGGCGGCGGCGGGCCCCCUGGAGGCAGUGCGCGCCGCGCUGCCCGUCGGCGAGCUGGCGGCCCUGGACUCCUUCGAGGCGUGCCAGGGCGUGCGAGCGGCCGCCGACGACGUCCUGCUCCGCGCGCAGCCUCCGCCCUCGGAGGCGAUGCGCGAGGAACUCCAGCGUAUGCUGGACCUGGCGCGGGCGGCCGCGGCGCCCUCCCUCGGCGUCCUCGGCCUCGCGUUCGCGGUCGUGGACGGCCUGGGCAUCCUGCUGGCGACGGCGGACCGCCGCGCUCGGUCAGCCUACAAUUAA